AUGUUUGUUACCACCUCAGAACCAACUCGAGGAGACCGAUGUCUGGACAGUAUCGUCACCAAUCUGGAUUCCUGGAACUACAGUGUCAGGGUUACAGAACCUUGCAUUGCCGACCAUAGCGCCGUUAUUUUAAUGACCAACCUGGAGGAGCAUGGGUUCCGCCGUAGAAGAUCAACAACUACUGCUGUAAUGGACUUGGUAGAUAAGAUCAAAACAGCCUUUGAAGAUCGGAACUUUGCGUUAUUGGCCCUCUGCGACCUUAGCAAGGCUUUUGAUUGCAUACGACACAAAAUUCUCCUAAACAAACUGGAGCAAUAUGGAGCUAGUGAUGUGGUCAUUGACACCUUCAAAUCCUACUUCAGUGGAAAGCAGCAGGUUCUCUCCGUCCAUGAAAUAAGAGAGCGGUCUUUCCCACCAUUUGUGCCCACUCAUGUCUAA